AUGUCUCUCAUUGUAGUCGCUGGCGCCACUGGAACCCAGGGUGGCUCCGUCGCCCGUCUGCUCGCAAAGGACCCUUCCUGGAAGGUCCGCGGCGUCACGCGCAAUCCAGACAGCGACAAAGCUCGGGAGCUUGAAGCCUUGGGUAUAGAGAUGGUUUCGGCCAACCUAGACGACGCGUCGAGCCUGCCUCGCGCCUUCGAGGGCGCCGUGACCAUCUUCGGUACCACGAACUUCUGGGAGAUCGCGUUGAAGGGCGGCAUUGAGGCCGCCACUGCGGGGGAAGAGAAGCAGUUCGUCAACAUAGCUGACGCCGCCGCCAAGGUGCCCACGCUCAAACAUCUGGUUCUGAGCACCAUGCCCAACUGCGAGACCAUCUCUGGCGGUAAGCUGCCGUGCCCGCACUGGGACGCCAAGGCCCGAGGCGGCGAGUACGUCAAGAAGACGUGCCCGGAGAUGGCGGCCAAGACGACGGAGAUUUGGAUCGGUUGGUACAUGGGUAUCUUGGUCAACCUCCCGUUCUCAGCGCCGCAGCUGUUUCUAGGAAAGUACCUCUUGGCGCUGCCCUCCAAGGCCGAGGGCAUCGUCCCUGAUGCCGGGGUUGCGGAGCUCAACACGGGCAUCGUCGUGCAGGCGAUCCUGGCACAGGCCGAGAAGUCGUUUGGCAAGUUCGUGCCGGUCCUGACGGAUUUGAUCCCGUGGUCCGCCGUCGUGGAAGGCUGGAGCAUGGUCACGGACAAGACGGCCGUCUACGCCGAGCUGUCGGACAAGGCGGCCGUGGAGAUGAGGGGGCCCGCGUUCGGGGCGGACAUGCCCAUGCAGUUUCGGUUCAGCGAGCAGCACCCGGACUGGUACAGCUAUCAUCCCGACUCGACUGUCGCCAUCAGGGACCUCGGUAUCGAAGGCGGCGUUUACGGGUGGGAGAAGGGGCUAAAGUAUUACACGACGCGGUUGCAAGCUGAGGUUUGUUCGUCCUAG